UCUACGCGUUUAAUAAUUUCUCAUUUACUUCUGAAAAUAAUUCACCUCCCAGAGCACUGACCCUGCUUUCCUGCGUUCAUCGUCUUCACUUCUAUCCAAUUCCAUGGCGUCUACUUCUACAGGUGCUCGUAAACGAAAGAAUGAAGAAAGUCUUGCUUUUCAUGAAGUCGCGCCAUCUGCGUCUACAUCUGCCUCAACACUCCAGGAAAAGCCCCGCUACGAUGUGUUCAUCAAUCAUCGUGGACCAGAUGUCAAACACACGCUAGCUACCAGGAUCUAUAACGUCCUAAAGGAUAUGAAUGUCACAGCCUUUUUAGAUUCCGAGGAGUUGGAAUAUGGCGAUUUCUUGCCUACAACAUUACAAUCAGCAAUGCAUAGUGCUUCCAUUCAUAUAGCAAUUUUUUCUGAGAACUAUGCAAAAUCACCUUGGUGUUUGGCAGAGCUCUCAUUUAUGCUUACCACUGGUGCUAAAAUUGUUCCUGUAUUCUACCAUGUAGAGCCCACUGAUCUCAGAUAUGUAGAACAAGGGAAGGGAAUCUACGUUGAUGCUUUUGUGCAGUAUGAAAAGAAGCAUAGAUACAGCCCACAGAAGCUUCAAGAGUGGAAAAUGGCACUCAAAAAUGUCUCUUGCUACAAAGGCCAAAUCAUUAAAAAUAAUGAUGAUGAAAUGGGGUUCCUGAAGAAUAUUGUGAAUAUUGUAUUGAAAGAAAUAAACAACGUGCCAUUAGUGGUUGCAAACCAUCCUGUCGGUCUCGAAGAAACAGUAAUAGACUUUGAAAAGAAUGCACUCCAAUCUAGUCAGGAGGGUGUACAAAUCGUGGGAAUUUGGGGUAUGGGUGGCUCCGGUAAAACCACGCUUGCCAAAACUUUAUACAAUAAAAUAUCUUCAUCUAUGGAGAAGUCUAGUUUUAUAUUUGAUGUUAGAGAUGGUGCAACCAAAGGCAUGUUGCAUAACAAGCAGAUUCAACUCCUCAAAGAUCUUGGAGUCAAAGAAGAAGACCGAAAAUUUGACAAUAUAGAGCAAGGUAUGGCAAUUCUUGCAAAGACUUUGAGAUCUGUCAAGGUGCUCAUUGUUCUUGAUGAUGUGGAUCAUGCGGAUCAGCUUUAUGCUCUGUUGCCUGUAAAAGAUAGGCUUGGAGGGGGCAGUCUUAUCAUUAUUACAACACGGGAGUACGAAGUUCUUAAAUCAAAGGGCAUAUCAUCUGUGUAUAAAAUGAGAGCACUCGAUCCGUUUUAUUCAGAGCAGCUUUUUUGUUGGCAUGCUUUCUCACAAUCUGUUCCUCUCAACGGAUUUGAGGAGCUAACAAAUUUUUAGGUGCUUGCAACGGAUUACCCUUGUCUCUAAAGGUAUUUGGAGCACAAUUAUAUGGAGAGUUUCGCAAAGAAUAUUGGGAGUCUGUACUGGACAAGAUUUCUAGAAUAUUGCCCGAUGAUAUUAGAGAGAAACUCAAACUAAGUUAUGAAGCCCUUGAUUAUGAAGAGAAAGAGAUGUUCCUUGACACUGCAUGUUUCUUUAUAGGAGAAGAUAAUAGUUUAGCCAUUGAAGUAUGGAAUGGUUCAGGGUGGAGUGGUAUGCAUGGUUGGGAAAAGCUCUUCAAUAAAUGUUUGGUCGAACUUGACAAGGAGAAUUGCAUAAGAAUGCAUGACCACUUGCGAGAUCUAGGAAGAGAAAUUGCAGGCCAACAUUCUCCUUACAGAUUUUGGUUACCCCACAAAUUAUUAAGCCAAAGAAAGGAGAUGACAUUCGAGGAAUAAUAGCUGUCCCAAGCGCGAUAACAACAUGGGGUCUAGAUUUAGAGAAUGGGAGGUUCUAUCAAGUGAUGAACUAUUAUAAUCAAGAUAACAGCUUGAACAAGGCAGUCAUGGAUAGUACUAAUGGAGCAGAUUGGUCACUCACACUCUCUUCACUUGGACCAAAGAUUUUUGUGAUUAGAGGAGAUUAUUUUAAUAAAGCAAUCUAUGAAGUAUCAAGAGACCUGGUCUGGCUUCGCUGGUCUGAAAUUGGACAGAGAAAUCUUCCCUCACAGCUUUCAUUGAAAAAUUUGAGUGUCUUAGAACUCUAUGAAGACUACCUUGGAAGAGGGGGAAAUCACUUGAAAGAGCUGUGGGAGACUGAUAGCGAUGCUCCUGUGCAGCUAAGAGUGUUAGUUAUUUCAGGAUGCCUUAAAUUCCAAAGAUUUCCAACGUCAAUAGGGCGUCUCAAUUUAUUGAAAAAGAUAGUAAUCGUACAUGGCUUCAAUUUAACGAUUCUGCCAGAAGAAUUUUGCCAUCUUCGAUCGCUGGAGGACUUAGUAUUGCAUGCUUGUCGUCAGCUAUCAUCACUACCCACCAAUUUUGGCGACUUGAGAAGUUUGCGGUCUCUAGAUUUGAGUUGCUGCGGGAAAUUGAGUAUGAUGCCAGAUUCUUUUAAGAAACUGAUGCUUCUACAAUAUCUCAAUUUAGAGUCCUGUCAUGAACUCAUACUUGCGUCAGAGGAUUUUGAAAACAUCACAAAGCUGGAGUACAUAAAUCUUAUCAGGUGCAGUCAAUUGAAAGAGUUGCCUCGUCAUCUCACAAAUCAGGCCUGCUUGAGAGAGCUCUAUUUGGCACCGUCAGGGAGAUUUAUCUUUAUGGGAGGGAAAAUGAGGUUAAGGGAGCUACCAAUUAACAUUGGUCAAUUAAGCAGGAUACAAAAGAUAAGCAUUGGGAGUGAGUUGUUGACAACCUUGCCGACCUCUCUCGGGGAUUUGUCCUUCUUGACAAAUCUUCAAAUUGGAAGGUGUCCGAACCUGGAAUCUUUGCCGACCUCUCUAGGAGAUUUGUCCUCCUUGACGACACUUGUAAUUUAUGAUUGUUCAAGCCUGGAAUCUUUGCCGACCUCUCUAGGAGAUUUGCCCUCCUUGAGGAAUCUUUCAAUUGUUGCUUGCAAAGAUCUAUUUUCUUUGCCGGCCUCUUUGGAGCGUCUUAAUCUCUUAGAGCAUUUAAGGAUAGAUGCGUGCCCAAUCAAUUGUUUACCUUCUGGAUUGAGUAACCUUAAGGAUAUAGUUCUAAAAGGAACACAAGUGUGCAGGAUUUCAAUGUCUGAAGACCGUUAUCCCCGCCUUGAGAGCCUAGAGCUUAAGGAAAAUCAUCAUUUAACGGAGAUCGAAGCAGUUCCAACGACAGUCAGGUCAAUAGAAAUGAGCGACUGUAAAAUGCUGAAGAAGCUAAGGGUUCCUUGUGAUCUAGUAAAUCUUGAACGCCUGCAAAUAAGCUAUUGUCCAGAGUUGGAAGAGCUCCCGAGCUUUGCACAUUCAACUUCUCUCAGAGAAUUUGAACUAGUAUAUGGUUGCUACCGAAUUCAGAAAAUUAAAGGUUUGGAAAAUUGCACAAGAUUGGAAAGUUUGAGAGUAGAGACCUGCUGGGAGGUGCCCGGUAUAGAAAGUUUGGAGGGCAUGGAGAAAUUGAGGGUGGUGGAACUCAGAGCAAGCAAGGGAUCAGUUAUCGAACGUUGCAUUCAAACGAUAGAGAAAUGGCCAGAUGAAAUAAGUAUAUGUAUGCCCGCAGUCCCUGAGGCGUCCUCAAUUGUAGACUCCUUACCGCUCUCUCCAAAUCUCGUGCUCUUUCACUCCCUCCAAAUUGGGCCGAUGUCCACGUUGGUGAAGUUGCCUCCCUCCAAUGGCGAUGCCCUUAUGCUCUGUUGUGUUAUAAAUAGUGUUUCUUCAUUUAACACGUUAGUGCCUCCACAGGGUAUUUUUUUCUUGAAAGAGGGUAGAUGGGCAUGGGUAGGUGUCUACAAAUCACAGAAUGGAAAUGAGUUCAUAAUAGGCACGGUCAAAAACGACACGUGCAAAGUGGAGAAAUGUUUGGCUGUGCGAGGGGAUAAACAAAAAGUAGUGGAGGCAUUUCACAGCUGGUUACCUUUUUUAAGAAAGCUGGGUAUUUGAAGGCAGCGAGUGUCGGGUUAAUUUUCAUUAAACAAUAAAGAGUGAAAUUACUUCA